CCCCCUUGUGUUAGCGGAUUUGUCCACUGUUACUGUUUGUGCGAUACGGGAUAGAUUUCCCUCUAGUCCUCUGUAAUCUGUAUGAGUUUUCUCACGCGUUCGCUAACAAAGUGACACUGAGGUCGUUCGGUGUAUGGGCAACAGGAAAUACAUUAAAACAGAGAUUUCUCCCUCGCUGCGCAUUCUUUCUGGCUAGCUUGCUACAAUUUGUUGACACUGCCCCAGGCACACAAGAAGAAGCUGUCAAUAUUUGCCUCAGUCCUAUGCUGCAAUCCCAAUCAGGAGUUGCCAUAUGGAAGCAACCGACACCAAUACCUCUAAUUUUGACUCAGAUAAUGCUAUCAGAUAAGGCUUUGGGAAUUGUCGCGAUUCGGUCCAGUAGUCAAGAAAGCGCAAUCCCGGGUGACGACUGGCUCACUGGUCACAACAUUAAGCUGAUCAUCAGUGGUGGCUAUGCGACUAAAUCCCACAACAGGACUGUCACAUGACUACGCUCACCGAGAGUUUAUUUCCGUGUUCACUUGGGACUAUAUGAAACUGUAACUGUGAGGGGGUGCCUGUCUAGUCCUCGCAUUUGGAUGGAACGCCGUGCCAAUUUGGAGUGGAGGGUAAAUUCGGAAUAAGGAGAACACCUGAAUAUACAGUAGGGGGGUGCGCACUGUAGCAGGAUCAUGUUCACACGAAUGAAAUCGGCCAUGGCCAAUAUAGUGGGAGGCAUCAUGGCUGGUGGUACCAACGGCGAUCAUCUGGGAAGCUCUGAUUUACCGCUGAAAUUCCCCUACAUGAGACCGGAGUUUUUGGGAUUGUCACUUGACGAGAUUGAGUGCUCCGCGGAUCACAUCGCGCGACCGAUCCUCAUCUUGAAAGAGACGAAUAGAUUGCCGUGGUCUACGGGUUAUGCAGAGGUGAUCAAUGCUGGGAAAAGUGCUCUGAACGAGGACCAGGCCUGCUGUGAGGUGCUGGCCCUGAAGAGGAGGCCGGCGCCCUCCACCCCCAGCCGAACCCCCACCGCCAGCAGGAGGUCAUCCCUGCCCAACGGAGAGGGCCUGGGGCUCCGAGAGAACGCUGACGCCGAGGGGCUGGUGCUGCACUACUGGGGGAUGUUUGAUGGGCAUGCGGGGUCGGGCGCGGCCGUGGUGGCCUCCCGCCUGCUGCAUCACCGCAUCCUGGAGCACCUGCAGGAGGUGCUGGAGAUCCUGCGCAACUCGGCCAUCCUGCCCCCCACCUGCCUGGGCGAGGAGCCCAGAGACCAUCACCUGUCCCCAGGGGGCUCCCAGCGGGCCCUCACCCGGGCCGCCUCGCUCCGAGCGUCCGCAGGGGCUCCCAGUUCCCCCAGCUCCCCAGCCCCGCGCUUCUACACGGAGAAGAAGGUCCAGCACGAGAGCCUGGUCAUCGGUGCCAUAGAAAACGCCUUCAAAGAGAUGGAUGCACAGAUUGAGAGAGAGAAGGCUGUUUACUGCAUAUCGGGGGGUUGCACUGCCGUGGCCGUGGUGUAUUUCCUGGGCAAACUCUACGUGGCCAAUGCUGGAGACAGCAGGGCCAUCAUUGUCCGCAAUGGCGAGAUCAUCCCCAUGUCGACCGAGUUCACCCCGGAGUCAGAGCGCCAGAGGCUCCAGUUUCUGGGUUUCAUGCAGCCUCACUUGCUGGGCAAUGAGUUUACGCACUUGGAGUUCCCCAGACGGGUGCAGAGGAAGGAGGUGGGCAAGAGGAUGCUCUACAGAGACUUCACUAUGAACGGAUGGGCAUAUAAAACCAUAGAAGACGACGACCUGAAGUUUCCUUUAAUAUACGGGGAAGGGAAGAAGGCACGUGUAAUGGCUACUAUCGGUGUAACCCGGGGCCUAGGUGACCAUGACCUGAAAGUGCACGACUCCAACAUCUACAUCAAACCCUUCCUGUCCUGCUGUCCAGAGGUGAAGGUGUAUCCCCUCACCCAGUUUGAGCACGGCACGGAUGACGUGUUGAUACUGGCAACAGACGGCCUGUGGGAUGUGCUCUCCAAUGAGGAUGUGGCUGAGGCUGUCACCUGUUUCCUUGGUAACUGCGACCCAGAUGAUCAGAACAGAUACACCAUGGCAGCACAGGACCUGGUGAUGAGAGCUCGAGGGGUGCUUAGAGACAGGGGCUGGAGGAUCGCUAAUGACCGCCUCGGCUCUGGAGAUGACAUCUCUGUGUACAUCAUCCCUCUUCUAUAUGGGAACAGGCAAAUCUAGCCAACGUGGACUCGGGGGGUAUUGAAAUAAUGUCCACAUAUUAUGUGAAAUCCUGAGGCCCCGAAGCCCAUCUGAGCCUUGAAAAGCCAACAGAUUCAAUCCACUGACGGGGAUCCAAACGCUCAACCUUCGACACCCAGAGGGUGACAAACAAUUUGGUUUUGUCACAACGGAAGAUCUCAGAAUGCAAGACCCUCUUCAGUGCCACCAUUUUGUAUUUGUCAGAUUUGGCACAGAUUUGAAAGCUACUGAUGAACAGUGUUCAUUGUUAGCCAUUUUUAUCCCUGUGUGCUGUCUCAAAAAAGGGUGUGAGAAUGCCAAAGCGUUGGCCAUUCUUUUAUUUUAACAAUGUGAGAUGAUUAGAGCUCAUUUCACUGUGGUCAAAAAGUUUGGGACAGGGCUAUAUUUUUUAAAUGUAACAGGAUUAUUAAAUAAAUAUCGUUAAUAUAUCGUUUUUAUCAUCAAAGAUUAGAUUUAAAUGUUAAACCUUUUUUUUUUCCCCAGAUAGCUUAAGUGAAUGCGUUAAAGAUUGUUUCAAGUCUCCUGUUUUUACGGAGAGCCUGUGCAGAAAUUAAAUAGACUAAUCAAAGUUGCUUACAAGUCAUCAAGAUAGUUUUCCCUCCACAGCCAGAUUGCCGUCUCUCUCUCAGAGUAAGAGUGGCCAUCUGCUGUGUGUAUAUUUCCACCGACACUAACCUAAACAGUGCUGUCAGACUCCCGGUAUACUGUUAUACCACGGGUCUCAUUUGGAGAGAGAGAGAGAGGGCUGAAUGAUUCCUUGAGUCUCAGGGGAGCGGUGCUCAGGCCGUGCGUACUUAGCGCUGCACCCCAAGUGGAACUGCUUAAACCAUUACCCUUACUCGCAUGGUGCGAAUGAACAAUAGUCUGUCAACUAUUGGUCGAAAGCAGUUUGGGUGCCUUUGCACGUGUUAACAUUUGGACAUUAGUUGCCCGAAUCAAAAGCACCAUAACACUUGGGGUAUGCAUCAGCUCCUUAUGCAGUCCAAGUGAUUAUUUUGACAAUUAAAACUCCCCAUAAGUGACAAAGAUAGGUACAAUCUCAAUUCAGAUUUACAGUGACAUUUGUUAUCUACUGUCCUCUGUCAGACAGUACAAGUAGAGUCAGUAUUUUUUUCUCAGCAUGAAUUACUGUUGUUGCAUGAUUGUAUUGCUCCAAGGCAUAAUUACAUAGUAUGGGGGUCAGAUUUUAUUUAAACAUAAUCUGUUUUCAUCAAUGUAACAGUAUGGGACAACCCCUAUGUUGCUUUAUUGAGGUUUGUGUUUCCUUAUACAGAACAAGAAAACAAGGAGUGUUAAAUAAUACCACUCUCCUCAAGCGGUAACGCACAUGUUUUACCGUUGCUGUUUCGCUCAAGAUGUUGAAGUUAUUAAUGUAAUCAACCCAAUGCAGGGAAAUAGCAUUGGAAAUUGUGUCAGACUCUUAAAGAUCACAUACGAUUUUGUCAUUAGUCCAUGAACUGAUAUACUUGUCAUCCCAUUACAGAAAUACCUCAUUUAGAAGAGCUGAAUAAAACAUUCGGACAUACAUUAAUAACAUUUUCAGAAGGCACAUUGUGCAUACCAUACCAGUGCAUUCGCUGCAGAAGCUCCUGUACAAUCUAACUUCAUCCCCCAACUGUCUUCACAAUCAUUAUGGUUAUUCAUGCUGCAAGCGCAGUGUUAGAGUAAUUGUCUGUAAAGUACAUUGCUGAGGGAAAAAAGCAUGUAAAUGUAUACUGUGACUUCUGUGCAAAUCAAUGCCAUGUUCGUGCCAUAGAACAUUUUAUGUUUAUGUUCUUAGAUUGAUUGUUUGAUUAAUUUAAGAUUUCUUUUCCGAUUUUUUUAAUUUAUUUUAUAUGAAUAAAUGUCUUAAUUUAUUAAAGAAUCAUACAUGUUAUAAUGGAAAUGAUAGGGUCUUAGAAUGUACAGAUUGUUCUUUUUUCCUCCAAUUUGCUGUCAUGAUUUUCUGUUAAAUGAAUGCUUGGUCAUAAAUAUUUGAAGUGACGUUAGGUGAGCCAAGUGAUCAUUAAGAUUACCUCCACAGGGGCUCCUUGUGUCUCAGCCUAAACUAUCCCCGGAGUCUCUGUGCUGUAUUUAUCUUACUGAUGGCAGAACGUGAUCUGGGGUGAUGGGAGGGAAAUAAUGUGACGCCUGACUGACUGUACAAAUGAGGUUCUGCAUGGGAGAUUCUAUCCAGGUGGAUCAUUACCAAGGAAUUGCAGUCCACAUGUCAUGUGAAAUGUGAAAUGUACUCAAACUCCACAUCCUGGCCUAAGACACUCUGAUUCCCGUCUCAAACCUCUAAACCACAAGCUCUUCCUCCCUCCCUCCAUCUCUCUCUCUCUCGCGUGCUCUCAUAUGGACUAGUUUUCUCUGUAAAAUGCAGGUUUCAAGGUUGGAUGAUCAAAUCUUUCUUGCAAUGCAGGGGACUUGCCCAUUGAUUCCAUCCCUAAAUCAUGGAUUGUGUAAACUUCUCCAAUUGUCUUGGGAAAAUGGAAAGACUUUGGCUUUAAACCAUACCACUGUCUGUAACUUCUUUGCUACAUCAAGAUUCUCUCUCCCCCCCCUAUUCCUAUUUGUACAGACUAUAGAGGACACAGACUAUAAAGGACUGCAUCACAUCAAUAAUGGAUUGGUGUGCUAUGGGCAAAGUGGAACAGCGGCCGAUCUGAUUUAUGAAAAUAAUAUAAAUGUUCAUGUCUUCUUGUGUGAAAAGUAAAUGACAUAUAUAUAUAUAUAUAUAUGAAAAACAACAUUUAUGUACAGGAGACGCAACAUUUGGAUUUCUUUUUCUAUGUGAAACAACUUUUGUAAUUAUUAGUAAACCUUUGGAUUCAACAUUUGCUAGAAAA